GAGUUUCGGAUCGUACGUGUAGCUCCUGGCGGGAAAGAUGACAGGAUAAUGUGCUGGCUGGUUGUCACGUCUAUAAGCCAGCCUUUGAAUUAUGAAGCCCUCACAUAUUCUUGGGGUGAUAUGAGGCACUUUAAUAAAAUUGAGUUGCAAAGCUCAGAGGCGUCCCCUUCUAAACGCUUUACUAUUAGAAACAACCUAUACUCUCUUCUCAGAAGCCUGCGACACCCCUCCAACACCAUGUCAUUCUGGGUAGAUGCGAUUUGUAUCAAUCAGAAUAACGCUCAUGACAAGGCUCGACAAGCUAAGCUGAUGCAGAACAUUUAUAAUAGCGCACAAAAUAUUUAUCCAUCAUGCAAUACCCUAGCCGCUCGGUCAGGUUGUAAAACUUAA